AUGACGAGACUGAACCCAAACGCCGGCGAGUGGGUCCCCCCAACUACCUGUUCAGCCAUAGUUGCCACGGCUGGUUCACCAACGUCAGUGGCUACAGCGUCUCUGGCGGUGACCGAUGAACCGGUUCAAAGUACCGAAAAACAAACCGUAGUGGACGUGCUGCCAAAUGCGACCAAUGAGAAGACGCCAUUGGCGCCCGCGACUCUUCCACUCGGACACGAUGUCGCCGUCGACGGUCACGGCGACUGCAUCUCUUAUGAGGGGUAUUCGCCAGUGCAUGACCGGUUCAUUUACUCGAAAGAGUAUCUACUAGCGUUUCAAGUUCUGGGAGAUCGUGUGAUCAAGAGCAUUCCAGAUGUGGUUCGAGACCCGACGCCGGUGAAAAAAAUCGGGUGUAAGCUGAAAGGAAGACUGGUGUAUACGAUUGCGGAGCUUCUGCUGUUUGAACCGCUGUACGAAAUGAUGCCGGAAGACUUCACGUGGGCAGAUACCAUCGGUGCGGAUGCCGUCAUGGACGAGAACAAAGGCAAGAAGAGCAAGAAAGACAAGAACCGGCAGCAGCGCGGCAACGUCCUGUCGUAUGAUGCGUCGCUGGUGUGCUACUUUAAUCCGACGGAAUAUGCUGCAGCCAUGAACAUGGGACUUUACACAGGUCCGGCUGCCGAGACAAACACGAACGGCACGGAUGGCGGGCCUACGGUGGGUGGUGCCGAACCGGUUAACCCGGUUGAAGAAGCGACGAUUGCUCGGCGCCGCAUUGCUACACUGCUGGACGAUGUCAAGCCCGACUCGGUCAGCUCCAUUCUAGAGUCCUUCACGAGCAUCCUGAUCAGCUGCACUCAAACACUGCAAGAAGUGGUUGGCCAGCUAUUUGACCGCGCAAUCGCAAACCCUGAAUUGAGCGACUCGUAUGCAAAAUUGUGCACGGGAAUGUCGGAGCGAACACCGGAGUUCAAAGAUGGCGCAAAGACAAUCAAUUUCCGGCGGAUUUUUCUCACCAAGUGCUAUGAGUCUCUGAUCGAGGAGCCUGACAGUGAAGGUUUGCAUCAUGGUGGCAAGAAAAGUGCAGCCACGCAACACUCGUGGCGACGAAAGUGCAUGCUGCAAAAUGUGGGCUUCAUCGGGGAGCUGUUUCGACGGCAACUGCUCACCGAGAACAUUAUGCAUGUUUGCGUGGCGAUGAUGCUGGAUGACGAAGUAAAACCUCAACCUGAAAUAAUUGAGGCGGCAUGCGGACUCUUGACUUUGAUUGGCGAUCUGCUUGACGGGUCGAGUCCUGCUUCGCGGCGAACAAUGGACGAGUACUUCGAAGUCCUUGUGCGCAUUCAAGAGAACUGCGAGCUACCGGAGCGCGUGAAGAAGCUACUUGCUGACCUCAAAACUGUGCGAGCGUGUGGAUGGUUGAAGGCGCGUCGAGACAGUUCAUCUGCUUCGAGUGCGCAUGCGUCUCCAACGAAGUUGAUUGAUAAGGCAAGCAGCGGAAUGAUCAUCUCACCAGUAUCAAAUGCCGUGCCAGCGACAGGAGAUGCCUCACUGACUGAGACUAGAGCAUAG